AUGGCUGCACCCAAAGGAAACGUCGAUAUGCCAUUUAUUUUUACAGAUGGCCUUCACAAGGCCGGGUCAGAUAAACGUAAGCUCAUCAGACAGCAUGUCAUGGUGGGCAAAAACCGCGGCAAGUCCCGGAAAGGGAAUACAAAAACAUCACGCCAGGAUCUAGGAUCUUCGAUGCCAUAUUCAGAUGGACCAUCAGCCAUUGUAUUCAAAAUGCGCUAUCCAUCAAUACCCAACAAAGUCGGCAAUGAGCUUUCCUUCUCCAAGUUUGCCGCCCCGGUCGAACCAGUUUUGUUGCAGGAGAUGCUGAGUUUCUGCUUCAUGGCAAAAAGAAUCAUGUACCCCUUGGCAGAUUACAUCGACUUUCAUAAGAACGAUAAGAUUGACACUUUAUGGUUCGAUCUCUUGACAUACGACGCGGCAUACUUGCAUUCAGUUGUCUUUCUCUGUCAGUCCUACUCGUCUCUUGUAUCAGGCAGUCAAACUUCAUCAUCCGCAUGCCGAGAGAUGGUACAUUACUCCGAAGCUCUUCGGCUACUUCGCGAGAGAAUAUCAGGUCAAACUCAAGAACGAGAAACAUGGGACUCUACGAUUCUCGUGGUUCUUUACCUGGCCACGCAUGCUCAUCUCGUGGGCGACAUUACCUCCGCCAAACAUCAUAUUCAAGGGCUGCGGAAAAUGGUCGAUUUGAAGGGCGGCAUAUACGCUCUCGGGUAUAAUCCAAAGCUUAUCAUAGAAUUGAUGAAAUGCGACCUCGCAAUGGCUGUCAACUACGGAAUUGAACCCGUCUUCUUUGGAGACCCAUCGCUGGAGCCCCUGAUACCAUAUGAUCUAGCACCGCCGAUCUCAGAGACGUCAUCAGGGAUAGGAGCUUCGCCGCAGCCGGUCGGGUCAAGCAUCUGCUGCACGGACCUGCAACAAGCCUGGACGGUAAUGAUAAGAUUUUGCUCGGCGAUCAAUUAUGCAGUAAAGCGCGGGCGUCGACUUCCAAAGGAAGUACUUUUGAGCAAUAUGGGGUCUGUGAUGUAUCGGGUGGUUCGCAUCAAGCAUGAACUUAAUCCUGUCGAUGGGAUCAUCCGCCUUGGGCUGCUGGCUUUUUUUUCGCACGUCCUUUUACGUGUGCGAAAUGUGCCAUCUCCACACACAUACCUUCCUAACCUUUAUCGGGAUCGUCUUCUCGACCUUCCACCCGGGCAAAUCCCGUUGCUCAGCCUUGUUUGGCUCCUCAUGGUAGGCCACAUUUCUCUAUUCACCCCAGCAGAUGACCACUGGCUAUUGUCUUGGUUGCGAGGUUGCCUUACGAGAUUGGAGGUGAAUAAUUGGGAUGAACUUCGAGACAAAUUGAAAGGGCUGUUAUGGAUAGACGCCUUGCAUGACAAGCCUGGAAAAGCAAUUUUCGACACCGUGUACCGGGUGUCUGGGCCCAGGGUCUUCAAUUCGAGGCUACGAAAUGGAUAA